GUUGUUAAAUUUUUAGCAAAUGGUAACCCACAGCAGACCAUCGCGCGUGCUAAUCUCAUCACACUGUUCGAAAUCAAUUUUGAUUGUAUGUUCUGUUCUAAAUUUUGGAUGACUGUGACGAAAAUAGUGUAGUGAAAAUGACAUUGAUAUAUUGGUAAAAAUCCAAACAUCCUAAAUUAUCCAUAUUGUGAUUAUCUUGAAUUAAGUGUUAGUAUUUUGUGAGUAUUAUGAACUUUGAAGACUAUGAAACCCUUCCGACCCAAAGCUCCAUCACACACAUGACCGCCGGAGCCAUAGCGGGGGUGAUGGAGCAUUGCGUAAUGUACCCUCUGGAUUCCGUGAAGACGCGGAUGCAGUCGCUGCGCUCAGCACACAACGGCAGCAUCGCGGAGACCUUCCGGUACAUGGUGCAGCGUGAGGGGCUGCUCAGGCCUAUCCGCGGCAUGGGCGCGGUGGUGAUGGGCGCGGGUCCGGCGCACGCGUGCUUCUUCGCCACCUACGAACAGAGCAAGCACACGCUCUCGCAGCUCACCAGGCACCGGCACGACCACAUCACACACGGUUUAUCAGGCUGCCUGGCGUCGCUGGUGCACGACGCCGUCUCAAACCCCGCUGAAGUGGUGAAGCAGCGGCUACAGAUGCUGAACUCGCCGUACCGCGGCGUGUGGGAGUGCGCGCGACACGUGUACCGCGCCGAGGGCCUGCGCGCCUUCUACCGCUCGUACGGCACGCAGGUCGCCAUGAACGUGCCAUUCCAGGCGCUGCACUUCGUGACGUACGAGUGGUGCCAGUCGCGCCUCAACCCGCGGCGCACGUACGAGCCGCGCGCGCACCUGCUGGCGGGCGCGUGCGCGGGCGCGCUGGCCGCCGCCGCCACCACGCCGCUCGACGUGUGCAAGACCGUGCUCAACACGCAGGAGGCGGCCGGCGCCGACGGGCUGGCCGCCGCCGCCGCGCUCGUGCUGCGCGCCGGCGGGCCGCUCGCCUUCUUCCGCGGCGUGCACGCGCGCGUGCUGUACCAGAUGCCGGCCGCCGCCAUCUGCUGGCUCACCUACGAGUCGCUGAAGCACGCCAUCACCACGUUCGGGCUGACGGAGGAGGGCGGGCCGGCCCCGGGCGCGCCGCUGGCCGCCGCCGCGCUGCGCCUCGCCGCCGCCGACGUGCCCGCCGCGCCGUCGCUCACGCGCUCGUAGGCGCCGCCGCCGAGCCGCCGCUGCGCCCGCACCCGACUGAUACUGAAGAUGUUAUUUUUAAAUUGAGCACUACGUGUAUUUUAUACUUUGAAUGUGAUGUAGGUUUGUCUCGACGAGCGCGUCGCGGCGGCGCGUUCGAUGCGGGCGCGAGCGGGUGAAUGUUUUUCGACCGAACGAAAUCAAAAAUAAAAAUAUAUUUACACGAAAAAGGAGAAAAGUACGCAAAAAUAUUCGUAAAUUAAAUAUCGACGACGCGCGUGCGUCGCGUGCGUAGCGGCGGAACCGCUUCUAUUUAUGAAUGUGUUUAAACAUUUUAUAAUUAGCAAAUCGAGAGGUUAUCACGAGCUACAGAGUAGAAAUGGUUUUCUAUCGAUUUGAGUAGCUGUUGUCUGCACGUUAUAUUGCAGUCGACAGAUAUUAACAUCGUCCCAUUUUAAACAAUAUUACUAUACUAACGACAGAUGUGUCAUUGCUUGUGGGUUCCGCGUCAAGACCAAAUUAAUGACAAUCCUGAGUCAGUGUGUUACGUGUAAAAUAUAGUGCGUGUACGUGUCUCGCGUUUGUGUGCGAGCGUGUCUGUAUGUCUGUUUGCGUGUGUGCGUGUAUGUAUGUAUGCAUGUGUGCGUGCGCGACGGAGCGAGAGAGCUGUGAUGUUUGUGGUUAAAUUAUGGUAAUCAUCGUCUAAGUGUUGAUAAUAGUGUUAAGGGCUUGCCCGAUAUAUUUUAUUGAAUUAUUGUUUAGUUAACCGCAGCGACUACAUGUUACCGAAGCUGUACAUUGAAACAUUUCCACAUAUACAUGUAGUCCAUGCCUCUGACAUUUGCGUUAGAAAUCACAUUAAAUUGUAUGUAUUUUAAGAGAACAAAAAUAGUCGCCAAACAUCCGCGCAAAAUCGAAAUUGCUCCAAAUAAUUCGUUAUAAUCGAAUGAGACGUAGUGUUUAGUCAAAUUGUACAUAGAGUGGACGGCCACUAUAAACUGCGCGUCUCAAAGACGCAGCUCUGUCGCGGGGACCGGCGGCGGGGUGAGGGAGGUACGUGACGAGGGGGUGCCUAUAAGACAUUAAUUUUAAUUUGAACAAAACUUACUCAAAUAAAAGUGCCCGUAACCGAACCGAACUAUUAGUAGUAGCCCUAGUCGCCCCUUCGGCCUCGUAUAGUUUCCGGUUCGCACCCGCGUGCGCUCCGCUCUCCGCCCGCGGAAACGUCUCUUUACCGACGCGACGUCCGAUUCAUUGCAAGUCCAAAUUUGUUAGUGUAGGAAGUCCCAUCAAUACCGUUCGAGUGUAACUCGGCUCCACGGGGUCCCCCCCCCUCCGGGGGCACUGCGACCCCGACAUCGACAUCUCGGCUUCUCACUCACCUCAAGGCUGUGAUCUAACUCUGUCUCUCCCGCGGAGCUCGUCGGAGAGAGUUGUCGAUGUAGAUAUAUUUUAAACGGUGACGGUUUCUGUCCGGUCGUAGACCGAGCACGCAGUGGGAGUCAGAACUUCGCACGCGUAUUUCACACGUACAAAUCGGUACCUAAAAUAUUAUCGAGGACCUCGUCGUCCAUAAUUACGAGUACAUUUUUAUUUAUAAAGAUAAAAAUUAUGAGUUGUUUCUUAAUAAAUUGGUUAUUUUUAUAUUUAAAUAUAUAUAUUUUUAAAACAACCAACGGGAGAUCGAAUCGUCGGGCAUUACUGCGGUCGCUCAUCGCCGACACAGUCGCGCUGGCGCCGUUUCGUCGGUGCCCGUCGGAGACGUCGCGUGUCGGGCGCCGAGCGGCGUGACGUCACCGCAGUCGGGCGCUCGCCGGGCGGCGGAGUUAUUUGUUUACUGUUUGUGUACAUUGCUUUUAUUUGUAUUUGUUAUGUUUAUGAGUUGUAUAGAUGAGUACGAAAUUAAAAUUUAUAGUUUUAAGAGUUACGUAAUUGUACAGGACACGCACCAAGUGAUUGUUUAUUUAAAAUGUGAGAUAAAAGGAAUAAACAGUUGGACAAUAACAUUA